AUGGAGACGAAGUCCAAGGCUUCACCCUUCCACUGUUCCAUCAUGAAUCAGGUCAGUGCCCCCAUGAGAAGCACCAUGUUGUCAUGGCCACAGCUGGAGCAGCCCAAUGGCCUCAUCCUGGACUAUGAGAUCCGGUACUAUGAGAAGGAACACAAUAAGUUCAACUCCUUCAUGGCCAGGAGCCAGACCAACACUGUGCGGACUGAUGGCCUGCAGCCUGGCGUGGUGUUCGGCAGCGGCUGGGGUGGUGUUCGUGGUGGCCAUCUCCCUGUCUGCAGCAGGAAACAUGCUUACAGCAAAGAAGCUGUGUACAGCAAAGAGGUCAUCGGAGCAGGAGAGUUUGGAGAGGUGCCCAAAGGGCACUGGAAACUUCCGGGCAAGAGGGAAAUCUAUGUGGCCAUCAAGAUGCUGAAGGCUGGGUACUCGGAGAAGCAGCGCUGGGACUUGCCGAGCGAGGCGAGCGUCAUGGGGCAGUUUGACCAUCCCAACAUCAUUCAUCUGGAGGGUGUGGUCACCAAGAGCCAGCCGGUCAUGAUCAUCAUGGAGUUCACAGAGAUUGAUGCUUUGGAUUCUUUCCUCAGGCAAAUUACGGACAGUGCAUGGUGA